GGAGCCGCAACUGCAGCCUGGGGGCGAGGAGGCUGGAGUGGUGGGAGAAGGAGGAGGAGGAGGCAAGCAGGAGGGGGAGCAGCAGGAGGGGGAGCAGCAAGGGGCACGGCAGGAGGAGGUGCCAGGACUGCAGGCGGCUGUGGGUGCUGCGGGGCCGGAGGAGGUGAAGGUGCAGGCUGCCGAGGUCUCCCCAUCUGAGACCACCAUGCCGCCCGCCUCCGCAUCCUCAGCAACACCAGCGGCACCAGUUAGAGAAGCCCCAGGCAAACCCACCCCUGCAUCUCCCUCUCCUCCCACCUCCUCCUCCGCCUCCUCCUCUGCUGCCGUGAGCUCUGCGAUGCUGGCUGCGUUGCAGCGGUGGCGGCGCAGUCCCGCGGGUCGGUCCAUGGCGGCCGCUCGCGCCGCGCUGCCCAUUGCCGCCAUCCGCGGGGAGUUGCUGGCGGCGCUGGAGGCGGGGGACGUGGUGGUCGUGAGCG